UUUGCACAAUUCACCCUCUCUUUUUUAUUCCUCCAACACCGCCACUCUUCCCGUUUCUUGGACACUCCGCUCUCGCCUGCGCCGCCUCGACACAUCAUGACGCUGCCCACUACCGUCGUCGCCCUACUUCUGGCCGGUGUGGCAUACACUAUUUCCUACAUCAUAUCACGCCUUCUCCGUGCUCGUCGCAUAAUCCGACUCUCGCGCGAGCUGCAAUGUGAGAAGCCACCAGUGCUUAAAAGUCAUUGGCCCUUAGGUAUCGAUACGCUUAUGCGCUCCAUGAAGGCAGUCGGGGAAAACCUUUACCCCACUGUCUCCAUUGAACGAACUCAGGAAAUUGGCAGUGUCACUUAUAGCUUCUCCAUCCUCGGCACUGAGAAUCUCUACACGGCCGACGAAGAGAACAUCAAAGCCAUGCUCGCCGUGCAGUUCAAGGAUUUCGAGCUUGGUGCCAUGCGUCGUGGUAACUUUUGGCCCCUUCUCGGCAACGGCAUCUUUACCCAGGACGGACCGGGUUGGGAGCAUUCUCGCGCCAUGAUGCGUCCACAAUUCGCACGCGAUCAGAUAAGCGACCUAGAUAUGGAGGAAUGCCAUGUACAGAAUAUGAUGCGAGCCCUCGAACUAUGCAUGGCCAAGGACGGUUCAGGAAUUAUUGAAGAUAUCGACUUACAGGUUCUCUUUUUCCGCCUUACCCUAGAUUCAGCAACGGAAUUCCUCUUUGGAAAGUCAGUUGAGACACAGGUCCAUCUACUCGGCCAUAAUACCAACGGCCCCAUUCCCGGCAUCGAGAAUUCCGUCCGUGCCAAAUUUGCCUUCGCCUUCGACGGAGCGCAGAAGACACUCGCCAUUCGUGCGCGUCUCGUUAAUGGAUACUGGCUCUUUUCACCACCCGGCUUCAAGGACUCGUGCAAGGUCUGUCACGACUUCAUCGAUGAAUAUGUGCAUCUCGCUCUCAACAAGGCCAAACGACUACAAGCGAAUGAUGUAGAGAAGGAUGGAGACGCCAAGGAAAAGUACCUCUUCCUAGAUGCCCUCGUCGCUCAAACCCAAGACCCGCUCGAACUACGGACACAACUUCUAAAUAUUCUCCUCGCUGGCCGCGACACGACUGCCUCCUUCCUCGGCUGGCUCUUCAUGCUUCUGGCCAAAGACGCCGGCCGCUAUCAAAAACUACGCGACAUAAUCCUCGCCGAGUUUGGCACCUACGAAAAUCCUAUCGACAUAACCUUUGCGCGAAUGAAAUCGUGCCAGUACCUACAGCAGUGUAAUAAUGAAGCUCUCCGCCUCUUCCCCGUAGUACCGGUAAAUUCACGCGUUGCCAACAAAGACACGACACUGCCGCGCGGCGGUGGCAAAGAUGGCAAGUCCAAGAUCUUCGUUCCCAAGGGCACACCAGUCGACUAUUCCGUGCAUGUGAUGCACAGACGGAAGGAUCUCUGGGGCGAAGAUGCGAAUGAGUUCAAUCCCGAGCGCUGGCAAGGCCGAAAGGUGGGAUGGGAGUUUCUUCCGUUCAAUGGGGGCCCACGAAUAUGCAUUGGGCAACAAUUCGCCCUGACCGGGGCUAGUUACGCUAUUAUACGCCUGCUCCAGAGAUUCGACUCCAUGUCGUAUCUGGGCACCGAGGCCAAAGAACUACAUAAUUUAACCUUGACGAGUUGUAAUGCAAAUGGAGUAAGGGUGAGGGCGCAUGCGGUGUGUUGA